AAAAGCUAAUGAACGAAAUUGUAUAAUAAAAUGUUUUCCGUUAGUUAAAAGGAAAAAAUAUUUUGAAAAUAAUAUGCAUAACUAAAGUGUAUCUUUCUGUUAUUCAUAAAAAAAUUCACUUGAGUGUUUUUUUUACUGUGUCUGCAUCCCUAUUAUAGAAAAUGGCAUACAAUGUGUAAAUAACACCAUAAAACAUCUUAAUUCUUCUGUGUUUUCGUUUUUUUUUAUACCUUGAAUAAUAUAAUCAACUCCAACUGGAAAAUAUAAUAAUCGUACUUGAAAAGAAAAGAUAGAAAUAAUUAAAGAGGAAGUACCUACAACAACAAUAAAAAAAGAAAACAAAAGAUGUAAUUGUUUACCCUGCACGUCAUAAUAAUAAUAAAAAAAAAAACAAGUUGUAUUAAAAAAAGAGGCAAUAGUAUCUGUAACACGAUUCUUGAUAAUGAGUGAUUCUAUGAAUUAAAAAGGAAAAAAAAAAAAAAUAUAAUAAUCAUAUAAAAUCCAUUAUUUCUUUUUUUUAUUUAAAUUCAUCAUACAGUGAUAAAAAAUGCUAAGGGAAAUUUUUAUUCAACUUCGUCAUUUUUUGUGUUCCAGUUUGCUCAAGGUGAAAAUUGUUUUGAAAAAGUGAUGACUAUUAGCUGAUUGUGUUGUUUUGGAAUGUUGCCAAUAUUUUUAUUUUGUGCAACAGUAAAUGUUUGUAAAUAAUAAAAAAAAAAAUACAAUUCAAUAAAUAUUUAGAAUUGUAACGUGUGUGUGGGUGGUUUAUAGAAAAAGCAAGCGAAUAAGUUGGAGAAAGUGAAAUAAUUUAAUAGUUGACAGUGACAACACACCCAUCAAAACUAAAUUGGAUAUUAAAGCUAUACACAAAUUUUUGAAGGAGUUUCUAUCUUCAAUUUUCCUGCAAACCGAGAAAAACAACAAAUUUUUCCAAGCCUGAAAGUAUGCAACUAUAACAAUGACAUCAGACGAAGUGAUUUUGCGUCGCCAGAGGUCAACAGAUGAGAAUGGCUGUGAAACAAUUGAACCACCUCCGCCACCGAGAUUGCGUGGUCAGAGCACCUACUUAGCGCUCCUCAGCUCACUGGCCACCGACUUGGAUAUAAUGCUUAAUGACCUUCGGUCAUCCCCAAGUUCUCGCCUCCUGUCACCAGCAUCACGUUCGCCAAACUCAUCUUCGCCAGCCACAGUAGGCGGUGGCGGAGGUGGUGGUGGUGUUGGCAGUGAUAGCACUGCCAGUUCCGCAUACCUCCGAAGCAAUCAGUCUGUACAAAUAAUUCCAUCGCAAACGGUGUCGACGACAACAACUGUGGUAACAAGAGUGGCGUCUCCUGUGCCAGAACACCGCUAUCACCAUUACUACUAUCAGCACCAGCAGCAGCAGCAAUAUUCAACUCACAAUUUGCAGCAGCAGUCUCAUCGUCUCAAUCAAGACUUCUACUACCAUCGAUUCCAGAACUCAAACCAUCAUCAUCGUUCAAAUGGAUUGCGGUCAGGUAAUGCACAUGCAACAGCAGCACAAUCAUCCUCCUGCCAAAACACUAGCCGAACAGCAUUCCAAUCAAUAGUGACUACCAUUGCCACCGCAGCAACCACAGCGGGCUCCAGCUCUAGCUCAAGCAGCUGCUGUCCCAGCUCCCACCAACAUCAGACAUCAGCAGGAGCAACAUCAACAGCGACAACGACGACAACACUACUGGGCUCCACCAACCGAACAGCAUCAGCAGCCCACAAUGAACGAGACGCUUUCUGGUGAGUGAAAUAAUUACAUACUUUUACUUAAUUAAAGUUGUUAUAUGUUAAGAACUCUCAAAAAGGUGAGUUUUUGUACGAAAGUUCUGUUGGAUUGAAACUGUGCGAUUUAUGCAAUAGACUUACCUGCAUAGUCCUUUAAUCAAGUCUAUUUCUGUAAAUCAAGCCAUAAUUAAUAUUUUUUGGUAAAAAAGGACACAACAUAACAAAAAUGUUCUUUUCAAAUUAAAUGUAAUCGCUGAUUGCUAAAAAGGAGCAUUGUCUCGGAAUCGUUUUACUGUAGUCCGAUUUUGAUGAUUUUGUAUUAUACUGCUCCUCGAGUUAAAACAUAGUUAAAGGUUAUCCAAUAUUAAUUUGACGCUUGUCGUAGUUUUUGACGUGAAGUGAAAAGUGACUAAUUUUUAAACGCGACGUUGUAGAAACUUGAUUUUUUUUUAUCGAUUGAUAAAUUUAUUGUUAGGCUGACAAUGAAUUGAAAAAAUUCUAGAAAAUUUCAAAACCAAGUUAUGAACGGUUUUUUAAACUAAAACACGUGGUAGACCUUUGACAAAGCCUGGCCCCGGCACUUCUUGACUCUGGAAUUGUUUUUAUUGUAAAACUGAAUUAUACUUUCAUUUAUAGUCAAUUCUUAUCCUCUGUUUGCACACAAAUGUAAUUGGGUCAACUACAUAUUGGAAUUUGCAAAUUACAUACCAGAGUUCCUCAUCACCCGACACCCCUUAAUUUGUUUCCUUCUCCACUUCUUUGUUUCCCGAAAGCAACACCUCCGUCAAAAACUACUUUAUGCCAACUCAAGACAGCGGAAAUCUACAAUCACACGACAUAAAGUUAAUUGAUUCCGUGUCUGUGGGGCAUUCUUCUUUUCAGAGCGCUGCGCUCCAAAGAAAUCUUCCCCUAAAACAAACAAACAUACAAACGAAACAAGCCUUCACAGCUUGUACACAAACAUUCCAAUAAAUAGCUUCUAUUGUGUUGUCUUUAUUUUUGCGCGUUUAACAAUCUCAAGUGAGUCCACAGUUAAUUUUAAGCAAAUGUUUAUUACCUCAAACUGCCUGCUUGCUGUGUCGACCACUACUACACUAUAAUACGCCAAAGGGUGUUUUCGGGUGUUAUGCUCACCGGACAUGCCAUACGCCGAUAUAAAAUAAUUUCCCAAAGUUAUCGUAAACUUGCCUGAAGGUCGUUCUACUAUUGAAGUGAAUAAUGCUUACACAUGGAAAGCUAACAAAAAUGUCACAAUAUUAGAGCAGAGAGUCCUUAUAAGGACAUUUUGAUUAAAAUAAGGAUAAUUUAUUGAUUGUUAUUAUUAUUGUUCGGAGCACACAAUUCUAUUCAAUUCGACUUUCACAUUCUCAUCACAAUUCAAUGAAAUAAAUUAAUGACAAUGAUUAUGGUAUUAAUUCGCGGCAUACAAAAGGUUCUAUGAGAAAAAAAAAUCAAAAGUAGGAGGGAGUCAUGUGUGACAAUAAUUUAAGUCUAGAGUUGUGUUUCGUUGUGUUGUAGUUUUAGGCGCAUAAUUGUGUAGACAGUUUAUCAUUCUAAAUGGAAUUAGACUCCACGUAUAGCUAUAAAGAGAAUAUUUAGUGCAAAAAUUAAUUAAAUUUGCGGUUGGUUGUGUGGAUUAUGACGAUGCUGAUGGCAGGAAGAUCGAUACAUAAUGGCUACCGACGACGCUGAUGGCAGGCUUCUAUUUUAUGGGUUUUAUAGUGGGUGGGUUUAGGGUGUCCCAUUCAAGCUGUGUGAUGCAUAUUUAAUCCUAAUGUUGACAGAAUGUAUUUUUGUGUUUUUCCGGAAACAACAUUUGGAUACCUAUAUUAUUCGUGGUCGUGCGGUAAAAUGUGCUUCAUUUUUGUUGCAGUAGUUGUGGUUGGUAUUUAUUUUAUCCAUUUUGAACAUUUUCAAUUCAAGGAUUAUUAAAGUUUUUGAUUAAAGUGCAAACAAAACAUAAACGCCAACUUUUGUUAUGGUUACCAAAAUCAGUAAUGUCGAUAUCGCAUAAGCUAUAAGCACAGAUAAUAUACUCAUAAUUUAUUAUCUGUGCUAUAAGCAGAUUUAAAUGUUCCACAUAAAUAAUUUCUGAUGACGUAAUAGUGCUUUAUUGUUCAUGAAUAUUAAAUUUACUAACUAAGGUGUUGUCCAAAACCGUAGUUACUUCAAAUUGUAAUUCCUAAGAAAAAUAGAAAUACAAUGUAAGUACAUGUGUACUAUAAUUCAAAAUAAAUCAUAAAAAAGUGGUCCAUUAAAGUUAUUUUCUAUAUAGGUAGAGGUCUUAGACUUUAAGAGAUUACUACUCAUUGAAAGUGCAACUGGUUUUUGGAACUAUUAGUUGUUAAACAAAAUUCCUCUAAUGCGCAUCCCUCUGAGUUGCAGUCCUUUCGCCAGGACCAAAAAUGUUGUCCAUGGUACACUGAGCCAAAAAACAACGUAAAAUCAAUCGAAACCACUUUGAAUCAAUGGAAAAUCACUACAUUUUUAGCCUAAAGUGGAAAAUGAUUGAAUCAAAGUAGCACACUUUAAAUCUAAGUUGUUCACACAUUAAAAAAAAAUAAAAUAAAGUAAAACUGGCAUCCGCUGGGGAUCGAACCAGCUAUACCUGGGUUGACAAGCUUGUGCUUUACCACUGUGCCAUCUCACUUAUAAAAAUUGAUGUGACAAACUGUAAGUUAAGCAUAGAACGAUUUUUAGAAAAUUAAUGAAUAUAUUUUUCACCAUUGAUUCAAUGUAGAACGGAUUAAAAAUUACUAUGCGUUUUUUCUCUGGGUGUAUAAAAAAUUUCUCAAUCAAAUCAAUCACCGCGAAUAACUCCGGAAAACCGUGGGACCCGCCGAAAAAUCCGUGGAAAAUCGGGAUUUUUCGCGAUCCCCCACGGUUUUUCCUGCAGUUAUUCACGAUGGUCCAUUGUUUUUUUCGCGGUUAUUCGCGAAUUUCCGCGGUCAUUGGCGGCUGGCCACAGUUUUUUUUGCAGUGGUCAACGGUAUUUCAGCGCUCCCUUCGUUAAGGGUCUGUUAGGCAAUUAAAUAAAUCUCAUCUGUUUAUUGAAAUGAAAUUAUUGUAUUAUUUAUUUCUGUUAUUGUACCAGACGUUUAGAAUAAUAGCCUGUUUUCACUACAGCAGGGGCGUAUACAGGUUUGCUUCUUGGGGGGGGUCAUGCCAAUUUUUUUUUUAUCAAAAGUUUUGAUAGCAGGCAUAAACCUGAAAAUGGGCUUUUUGAAUUAUUAAACAUUAAAAUUUGUGCGUCUUGCAUUUCGAAUCGAAAAGUUCCGAAUGUAUAGUUCUAAAAAUAACCAAACAAAAACGGUAUGAGAUUCGUUUAAGUUUAGCGUUAAACCUUAAAGCCUAGAACGCUGCUGAUGUGAAACGAAAUUUUUCGUCGGUCUCCACGAGGACAACGAAAUGCUUGCGAAAUCUUAACCGAAAAAUACUCAAAAAUUGCAAAACAUAAAUGAAAAAAAAGCAAACACGCAUCGCAGAAAGACAUGCAAUGACAAAAUGAACAACAAAAACAAACAAAAUAAAAUGCACGACUGGGGUCGCACGUACUUGCUCUUGUAGUUUAAAACACUUUUAUGUUGGUUUACUUGUAGAUUUUAAAAGCUGCCUCUAUAUAAAAUUAAAGAAAUUUUGUUGACGUUGGGGAAGAGCCGACUUUUAGGGCAAAAUUUUGUUAAAUGAAAAAAAAAAUGUUUUUUUUAUUUGACUUUAAAAAAAAAAAAAAAAAAAAUAGAGAUGCAGUUUUAUUGCAAUUGCUUUGAAUAUUACGUUUGCAAAGUUUAAUCAAAAUCGUUAGAGCCGUUUUCGAGUUAUUUGGUACAAUUUGAAAAACUUGUGUGGGAGGUACACUUUUUUGACUUUUUUGAGAAAAACUAAAAAAACAGUUUUAUUGCAAUUGCUUUGAAUAUUACGUAUGCAAAGUUUAAUCAAAAUCGUUAGAGCCGUUUUCGAGUUAUUUGGUUUGAAUUGAAAAAUUUGUAUGGGAGGUACACUUUCUAAGGGAGAUACAAAAAAACAAAAAAAAACCAACUUUCAGAAUUUCAUAAAAAUCAUCUGUACAAAUUUGAAAAAAAACCGUCCACCCGUUUAGGCUGUGGAAAUGUGUACAGAUGGACGCACAACCGCACGGACGCACAGACGCACAGACGUACAGAAGCACGGACGGAAUUGCGAGACCCACUUUUUUGGAAUUCUCCAUCAUCGUAAUGUUGGUUUUGAUUAAAACCUCAAAUUUUUUUUUCGACACGAAACCAAUACUUGCCCUAUAGAGCAAGUAAAAACUCAAAAUGUCAUUUUUCCACACACAAUGAAUGUCCCCGGCAAUUGUUUGUGUGCGAAAAAGAAGUUUAGACUUUCAAUUUCGUUGUGCCGAACAGCGUACUACAGAACGAAAAGUUGAACGAAAUUUUCGGUUUACCAUUUCGUUGUUUCAUUUUUGUAUGGGAUUUUUCGUUUCUUAUCAGCAGCGCACUAGGCUUUAAUUUUGACCAAUUGAGGCUAUCCUCUCCUAAAAAUAAAAUGUACUGUACGAGUACUUCGAUUGAAUAAUUUGCCUUAAAACAACUGUUCAUUGUUUUCCGCUAGCCCAAAAAGUUAAAAUAAAAAUCGUUUUUACUUAAUAACUUUUGAAUUAAGUCUU